AUGGAAAUUCAAGGAAGAGGGUUCCCUAAGAGAUGUAGGUGCGGAGAAACGGUUGUCAUGAAGACGUCUGGUACUGCUAAGAACCCUGGAAGACUGUUUCAUGCUUGUCCACACAGAAAGGAAGGAGAUAAUUGGUAUCAUACAUUCAAAUGGACUGAUACAUGUAUGGUUGAAGAGCUUGAGGACUUGAUAGACAAAGUCGAAAAUAUUGAAGAGAGUUCAAUGACAUUGCAGAAGGGCUUCAAUGUUUGCGAGUCCGAGAUUGACACAUUGGCUAUGGAGACUCAUAUGUGCAAGGCUGUGGUUGCAAAAGAAGUGGGCGAUCUCAAAAUGCAGCUCUGUAGCUUGAAGAACCUGGUCGGAUUUGGUUUUGCGAUGUGGUUGGUGUAUGUGUUUCUGUUUUAA